UGAGUUGGGGCUCUUCUACUUCUUCCUUCCUUCCUUCCUUUCCCAGCACAGCACAGCACAGCAGACUCAAAUGCCGACGCCGCACCCUGAGGAGAGCUAGGGUUAGUCGAGAUCUCCCGCUCGCCCACCGCCAGAUGCCGCUCCGGGACCCUGGCCUGCCUUCCAAGCGGGUUACCAGCGCCCGCCGCUAUGCGGGGGCGCCGGUGGCCGCCCUGCCGCCGCUGCGAUCGGUCUCCGCCGCCUCAUCAAUAUCCACCGCCUCCGCCCGCAAGCCACCCGAGUCGCUCCGCCGGGCAGUCGCUGACUGCCUCUCGCCGCCCGCGCCGCACAGCCACGGCCCAGCUGCCUCUGCCGCCGCCCAAGCGUCCCGAACCCUCCGGGAUUAUAUAGCCAACCCAUCAACCAUUGACAUGGUUUAUAAUGUCCUCAUUGACCACGCGCUUGCAGAAAGCGAUCGGAGCCCAGCAGUUGUCCUGAGAUGUGUGGCAUUGUUAAAGAGAUAUCUUAUCCGGUAUAUUCCAAGGGUGCAAACUCUGCGUCAAAUCGAUCUCUUUUGUGCAAAUACGAUUGCCAAAUGCGAACCAAUGGCAAAUCACAGAGCAGCAUCGGUUGGCCAGAAUUAUGCAGCAGCAGCAGCAGCUGCUGCACCAAAUUCCUCUCCACUUGCCCCACCAAUAUCCAACUUUGCUUCAGCAUCUCUUGUGAAGUCUUUAAACUAUGUUCGCUCAUUGGUCGCGAGGCAUAUUCCAAAGUUGUUGUUCCAACCAGCAGUCCAAUCUGUUGCAUCCAAGCAAUCACUUCCUUCGCUUUCAUCGUUUUUGAAUAGGUCCUUAGUUUCUCAGUUAACUCCAGAAGUUAUUAGCAACAGAGAACAUCUUGAAUCAAAGGAAUGCCAUAGUUCAUCUGAUUUAAUAUCAUCAUCAAGUGAAAAAGUUGAUGGGGUUGAGCCUGGAGAUGAUAGCAAAUAUAUAUCCUUUGACAUUUUAAAUUGGCGAUGGCAUGUGUAUGGCGAACAGCAAGCAUCAACAUCUGCCAAAGAAAGCAACGAUUUUGUGGGUCUUCAAGAUUUUCAUACGCAUGGUUUUCUUGAAGUUGGUGCUGCAGCUCUUCUAGUUGGGGAUAUGGAGGCGAAAAUUAAUGACCAACAAUGGAAAUACUCUGUUAUCCAGGAAUUUCCAGAUAUUGAUUUGCUGCAACCUUCAACAUCUACAGGAAGUACUUUUGCAUCAUCACAGAGUCAUUUAAAAGCAAUAACUGCCUCAAAACGCAUGAAGUCAGGCCCAAAUCAAGUUUGGAUGAACAUACCAGCAAACACCUUCCAGCCUCGAGCACGUCCCCUUUUCCAGUAUAGACAUUACAGUGAGCAGCAACCCUUAAGAUUGAAUCCUGCUGAAAUUUCUGAAGUCAUAGCUGAAGUUUGUUCAGAAACAACUUCAAAUGCAAAUCAGUCUGUUGCUCCAUCGAGAUUGACCACCCAGAGUCGGCAACCUUCAGCGGAUGUGGCAUUCAGUGUCCUUAUCAAACUUGUCAUCGACAUGUAUAUGAUGGACUCCAAGACUGCUGCUCCUCUGACACUUUAUAUGCUUGAGGGUAUGUUGAGCUCUCAAAAAUCAUCUGCCAGAACAAAAGCUCUUGAUUUGAUCCUAAACCUAGGGGUCCAUGCACACCUGCUAGAGCCUAUGGCAGUUGAAGAUGCAGCACUUAUAGAUAAAAAUGAAACUGUAAACCAUUCUUAUCUGAGCAACAAAUACGGAUCACGUAUAGAUGAACCGAGGGCAACAAUACCUGAAGAAGAGCAGAAGAUCAGUCCUGCUAUUGAUCAGUUUGAGUCAUGGGUAUUGAAAAUACUUUACGAGGUUCUCCUUCUCCUAGUCCAGAUGGAGGAACGGCAGGAGAUUGUUUGGGCAUCAUCUUUGAGUUGUCUAUUUUACUUUGUUUGUGAUGGAGGGAAAAUUAUCAGAAGCAGAUUGGGAGGUCUGGACAUAAGGGUUGUUAAGACUCUUCUUGAGAUUAGUGUGGAGCACUCAUGGGCGAAAGUAGUGCACAGCAAGCUCAUUUGCUUGCUGACAAAUAUGAUGUACCAAGUAUCAGAUGUAACUCAAAAUGGUAUUCUUGAAACACAUUUCAUUCCUGAGCGGAUAGAUCUUCUUGGUGGAAUUGACUAUAUCUGUCUUGAGUAUUCACAAGCCAACUCCAGGGAAGAGAAGCGGGAUUUAUUUUUUGUUAUUUUUGACUACGUAGUGCAUCAAAUAAAUGAAGCAUGCUUGGCUGGUGGUAUUUCAACGUAUACUUAUGAUGACGCCCAACCCCUUGCUUCCCUUCUUGCUUUUGCUGAUGCUCCAGAAGCCUUUUAUAUAUCUGUGAAGCAUGGCGUUGAAGGUGUGGGGGACAUGCUGAGACAAGCUAUAUCAGCGGCAUUAUCGCAGUCUGCAGAAUACGAGCAAUUAAAUGUGCUUCUGGACAAAGUUAUCAGGAAACUUGAUGGGGCUGUCAGCACAUUUUCCAGGAUUGACAAUGAGUUUUCUUAUAUGAUCCAAGUUACAAAACCAUGCAAGUGCUUUAACAGCAUUAAAGAUGGAUGUGGAGAUGCUGAUGUUGCACUUAGAGCCAGGCUUUGCUGGGCUACUUUGCACUCACUUCUUCACUCACAGAUUUCAUCAUAUAGGCAUCAUGGAUAUAUUUGGUUGGUUGAAUUGCUCCUGUCGGAAAUUAGUGAAGAAGCUGAUGGUUCUAUAUGGUUUAAAAUCCAAAAGCUUCAAGAGGAAAUUGAAGUUACCGGAAGCCAAGACUUGUCUUAUUCAGAAGUUUCUCUGCCCGUUUGUCUGCUUUGUGGGCUUCUGAAAUCAAAACACAACUUCAUUAGAUGGGGAUUUCUAUAUGUGUUGGAUAAAUUUCUGAUGCGCUGCAAAUUAUUAUUGGAUGACAGUGACAUGCAAGAGCACACAGUUGCUGAUCAUAAGAAAAACCGUCUGGAUAAAGCAUUCGCAGUUAUAGAUAUUAUGAAUAGUGCUUUGUUACUUGUUGUUCAAAACAAUGAGACAGACCAUAUUAACAUCUUAAAGAUGUGUGACAUGCUAUUCUCUCAAUUAUGCCUGAGAAUUCCGUCCACAAAUGUGAUGCAUCUAGGCAGCCUUCAAACCCUUGGUCAACUUUUUGGUUGUACAACCAAGAACAUUGAGAGUCAUUUGGAAACCCUUGCAUCUCACCAAAAUGUAGGAAACAGGAAUCUUUGCCGGAGUGGUAUGUUGCAAGAGUACAGCAUAAAUCAAUCUGCUCAAUCCACUUUACUAUGUGAAGCAUCAGUGGCUGCAUUACUUCUGAGAGGUCUUGCAAUAGCUCCCAUGCAGCUUGUAGCCCGUGUACCAACUUCUUUGUUUUUCUGGCCAUUGAUACAACUUGAAGGGGCAGCCAGUGAUGAUAUUGCAUUAGGUAUUGCUGUUGGUAGCACAGGAAGAGGCAAUCUUCCUGGUGCUACAUCAGAUAUUCGCGCAGCACUCCUACUACUUUUGCUUGGUAAAUGCACAGCUGAUCAGGAAGCACUUAAGGAAGUAGAAGGCAACGAAUUCUUCAGGGGGCUUCUGGAUGAUACAGACUCAAGAGUGGCAUAUUAUUCUGCUGCUUUUCUUUUGAAGAGAAUGAUGACAGAGGAACCAGAGAUCUACCAGCGGAUGCUUCAAAGCCUCAUCUCAAAAGCUCAACAGUGUAACAAUGAAAAGCUUUUGGAGAACCCAUACCUUCAAAUGCGUGGGAUAUUGCAGUUAUCUAAUGAUCUAGGAGUCCAAUAAUUAGUCCGAGAUGGCAUUUUUAUGGAUAAAGCUCAGUUAGAAUCAGUCUUUCAACUGUGUUUAUUGCAGAAGAAUCUGAAGCUGCAUUCCUGUGCUCUAAAUUAAGAAAAGAUGCUACAUGAAUCAUGUAAAUUACUGCUUUGGCCGGAUGCAUGUACAUGCCUCUGAAUUUCUUGAUUCUUUAUUAGAUUUGAUUAAUAUCUUUCUGGGAGAGUCACUGUCAUUCGCAAGACAAGUUGGAGAUCAUCCCAUUUCGACCGAGAUGGUGUUCAUAAAUGCGACUCCCUACAAUUUUGUAAUGCUGCAGCAUUCAGGUCGAGCCAGCGCAACUUUUUUGUGAGGCAUGCUCGGUUGAAUAGUAGUAUGUAUGUGUGUUUUUCGUUUCCAUGGUAAGUAACCAAGGGCUAGAUGUUUGUAUGAUAGUGCAACCGCUAUUCGGAAGUAGAAAAACUGAUCCCUCCCAGAUAUCAUUUGCAGUGAACCUGCUGACAACGUUUUCAGAUUUGUAGAUUUGUAUUGGGAGGUUACGAUGUAAAUGCGUAGGAUGAAAGCUAACAGUUUUGCUUAUGCUAAUUUGGAAUGUACCGCUCUGUAAUAAGAUGGCGCUACUGUAACUAACAACAACUAUUGUUUACGAUGUGUAGUGGUGCUGAUGUAAACUCGGAUGAGAAUGAUCAAUGGAGACGCUCGCU